CGUCCUGCCGCUUUGACUGAUGACUCGUCGCAUGGGAUUCGCUGCCCAGCCUCUCUCCGUGGACGCAUCGCACUUUUUCCAAUCUUAGACACGGUCUGUCAAAGUUUAGGUUUACAAACGUGGAUUAUUUCUUGGAGGGUAAAAAAAAAAAUCAAAAUGACCUGAGAGACGUAGUACAAGGUGAAGGUGCAGGCUGUAAGAGUCGGGGAGCAGGUGGAUGGAGAGGCUGGAGCUGGGAUGCAGCUUCCCAGCAGGUCAGCGUCGCUCCGGAGCAGCUGGACUCCACAUUUGAAGACGAAUGACUUUAUAUGAAGAGGAAGUUUUUCUGUUUUCAAUUGAAAAAUCUAUCUUACUCUUUUUCUCUACAACUGGGAUGUGAUUUUUUGUGGUUCAACAUAAAUGAAAAUCCCCAGUCAUCCCGACCCCGAGGCCCCAAACCCUUAGACCCCAAAGUGUCAGAUUCCUCUGCUUAUCUAACAACUUGAAGUCCCUUUGCCCUCUUUCCAACAGUCUUAGAUGGUAACAUCAAUGUUUUCAAGCAUUUAAUCUCAAAUAUAAUAAUAUCUACCUUCUCCCAACUCCUUUAUGACUUACAUCUCUGCCCGUUGCCAUCUUUAGACACUUUUGAACCCUUUGAUAGCCUAAACCCCUCUCAGCCAUCAUGGCCUUGGAUCAGUGGCCCUUUCUCCCGACCUCCCCAAACAUCUCCAUCCCAGAACCCCUCCUGUACGACAGCUACAUCCAGGGCAAUGAGUCCGACCUGGACCUAAACAUCUCCAAGACCAGGGAGUCUCACCAGGACAAGACCAGCUCCGUGGUCAUCACCUUAAUCUACUUCAUGGUGUGCGGUGUGGGGCUGUGCGGCAACGCCUUGGUUAUAUAUGUCAUCCUGCGAUACGCCAAAAUGAAGACGGUGACCAACAUCUACAUUCUGAACCUGGCGGUGGCAGAUGUUCUGUGCAUGAUGAGCCUGCCGUUCAUCGCCCUGCAGCUGGCCCUGGUGCACUGGCCCUUCGGAGAGGUGCUGUGCAGGGUGAUCAUGACUGUUGACUCUCUCAAUCAGUUCACCAGCAUCUUCUGUCUGAUGGUGAUGAGCAUCGACCGGUACUUUGCUGUGGUGCACCCUAUUAAGUCAACAAGAUGGCGGAAGCCCCGCGUAGCCAAGUUAAUCAACCUGACAGUAUGGGGUGUGUCCCUGCUAGUCAUCCUACCUACUUUGAUCUUCAGUGGCCUUAACAAGGUGCCCGUAUGUGGGAUCGUUUGGCCGGAGCCCCAGGAUGUCUAUUACACGGCCUUCAUAAUCUACACCUUCUUCAUAGGAUUCUGCUUGCCGCUGGCAGUCAUAUGUCUGUGCUACCUGCUCAUUAUUGUCAAGGUAAAGUCAUCUGGGAUGCGGGUGGGUUCCACCAAGCGCAAGCGUUCCGAGCGAAAGGUGACACGAAUGGUGUCCAUCGUGGUGGCAGUUUUCGUCCUCUGUUGGCUGCCUUUCUACAUAUUCAACGUGACCUCCGUUGCCAGCUCCAUCAACCCCACCUCCGCCGUGAAGAGCACCUUCGACUUUGUGGUGGUGCUCGGCUACGCCAACAGCUGCGCCAACCCCAUCCUGUACGCCUUCCUGUCGGACAACUUCAAGAAGAGCUUUCAGAACGUCCUGUGCCUGAAAAAGGUGGCGGGCCUGGACGAGGUUGAGCGCAGCGACAGCAGGGCAGACAGGAGCAGGAUGGUGAACGAUGCCAUGAUCAUCAACGCCAACUUGGAGACUCACAAUGCUGCCCUGCUCAAUGGUGAGCUGCAGACCAGCAUCUGAGGCGUGGCAGACACAUCCAGGGAGGCUGGAGAUACAGAGCAGUGGUGCAGUACACUGCUAGUGACCCCUGUUCAAAGAUGCAGGGGGAAGGAGGAUGAUGCAAUAGCUGCUGCUCAUGGACGUUGACACAUGAACAAAGUCUAAGUGAAGAAUAAACAAUGUCCUAAGGGGUUUCAGAGGUCAGCAAAAGUACACGCUCAAAACUCUUGAUGUUUAGGUUAAUGAGGCAACUAGACCUGGUUUGCCCGGAGGCGGUGCAAAAAUGUGUCUUGGCUGAAGGGUUUUUUAGCACUGCAUUCAAGUGAUUUUACAUCAAACUUAAAUACGAAUGCUGUUCAUGCCUACCAGCUCGAGAUUUCUAUCGAGUUGUCACCCAGACUUAACCGAAAUCGAAACAAGACGCAGGAUCGGAGAAUAGACUAGUUUGGAUCCACUGGAGAAAUACCGCCGGCUAGUUCACCCAUGGUAUAGACAGAGAUCUGAGGGGAUCGAGCACCAUCCACGCUCUCCCUGAUGUAGUUUUGUUUUGGGGGCUGUGAAGGGUCAGCAUUGAUUUCUCUGAAUGUGGAAAUACUGCUUAAGAAGUCAGUCAAACAUUGCAGUGGAAAACAGCCAGCACUGUUAUUCUGUGGAGACUGUGAAAGAUAAAAAUCAGAAGCCCCAAGUAAAAGGUGAAGAGCUGCAUGGUCAUGUUUUAUUCAUAGCAGCUGAUUAACCUGGCCUUACAUGAUCAACCAGGCAACAAAAUGGCAAAGCCCUCCCUACAAGACAAACAGAGGAUGCUCUUUUCUCCCUCUUACUGGCAUCUCCGCGGGAUGAGCUGCAUUGAUCCGUAAACUCUCGAAUUGAACAUCCUGGAUUAUUGAUUGAAGUGGAAGGAUGGGAAAACAUGUUGGCGGCUGCUCUGACCUUGCUCCAUUCAAAACAGCAUAACUUUGUAUAUUCCUUUUAAAAUGGUUUUGAGCCGACUCCUGGGGAAAAGGUCCUUACAUGGACGACUCCUAUUUGAAUUUCAAAGGUAUCCCCUGUUGAAUAAAAAAAUCGGUAUUAUUGUAAUGCAUCGAAGACCGUUCUGAAACUAUGUUUGUAAAACCCAUCAUAUGUUCUUUAUACUUCAUUGUAUCCUGGUCUUAACAGUUAUUGCUCCCUGUGCCAGCGGUGCCAAUUUCUACUUGUAAAGUACUGUGUUUUGAGUAAAAAUGUGGUCACUGCACUCAGCUUCACACUUGGUUCAGUCCACCCAUGCUUGCAAAAAGAAUUCCUAAAUUAUUUCACAGAAGAAAGAAGAAUUUGUCAUGUAGUCAAAGAGGGAGAGAGAGAUGGGGGAUAAGGAGAUACAGAGAAGGAAUUUGCGCAUGUACUCUAUUGACUGAGAACAAAACACAUAUACACAAAUAACUUAACCCGCAUCAUUAGACAAAACAUAGUAUCUAAAAAGUGGUCAAAAUCGAAGCAGCAGGUGGGGUCAACCUCCAAAAACAAUGGAUCCUACAUUUCCAAAGAUACAUCUGCAUAGCAUCUUUUAUCAGACCCUUCCAGUCUGUUAAAUGCAGACGUCUUUCAAAUGGGACAUCCUUGGUACUUUUGUACUGUACUAACUCAAGCAAGGAUUAAGUGUAAACUUAGUCUUCACAGACUAUUCACACAGUAAAUACCAAGGGAACUUAUUGUUAAAAUAUGAAUUGUAUGCUCAUAUAAAUGUAAACAAAAUUCAACUAAAAAAGACUGACUAUUAACUUGUCAGGUGACCUUGACUCAAUGCAUCUCACGUCUCUCAGUGACAUUCAUUUCACCGGAUUUAUAGUGAAAACAUUAAGCAGGCAGCAGCCAUAGUUAAUUGUGCAUACAACUCCAGUGGCCUUUAUCCCUGUGUUCUUUAUAAUUAGUGGCUUCUUGAGAGACAAGACUGUCAGGAUGCCAGAUUGAUUAAUGUAAUUAUCAAUCAAUCAGUGGAACAUCCAGAAGGUUACCAUGUAUUUUUUUUUCUAGCCAUGCUAGCGGCGUGGUCCGGCUGUGAACCACUUUGGUCCAUAUUGACAUAACAACUAUUGGAUGGACUGUCAUUAAAACUGGGACAGACAUUCAUGAUCCCCAGAGGAUGAAUUGUAAUAGAUUUGUUGAUCCCUUAAUUGAACAUGUAUUACCAUAAUCAGCUCACAUUUGUUUAGCACUUUUAAACCAAAUACAUGCAAAACUCAUGAUAUUCCCAUCAGCCUCAGCUGUACUUGGUGUUCAGUGCUAAUUAGGAAAUGUUAGCGUGCUAAUAGGCUGAACAAAGACAGUGGACAUGGUAAACAUUAUAUCUGCUAAAUAUGCACGUUAUCAUUGUCAUUGUUAGCAUGUUAGAAUACUGAUGUUAGCCUUGAGCUCAAGUGCAGCAACAGAGCUGGUUGCAUGGCUUUAGACUAAAUCGGCGUAGUAAAUUGGAUAAAUGUCUUUUUACUUUUACAUAUUGUGCAUACUGAAACUGCUCCAAUGAAGAUAUACGGUUUUCAUCUUCUAACUUAACUUUCACAAUCUGACACUAUUAUCAGCUUUUAUAAAUUAGCUAGCUGGUCAAUUAGCUAGCUGGCUUAGUUAGUUACUUGGGCUGACUCCACUAAGCUACAUAUUCCUAAGCCAAAGUAGCUACGAAAAAAGACCAUGUCACAAUGACCUGAAUUGGGAAAAACUGCAUUGAUGUUGACUGAAUUAGCUAUCUAUCCAAUUCCGUUUUAGCUAUCAGGCUGUUUGUGCACAGUGACUUUUCCAACGGACCUCCAUGAUCGAGCCACAUCUUGUUGCCAGGAGAUUUGUCAAACAACUGCAAAGCUUCUAUAGUAAAAAGGUCAUCCGUCACAUGCUGCGGGGUCAGAUUCACUUCAUCCCAGUGUAUCAAUCAGUACAAUCAAAAGAUAUGAGGAGCACAGGGCUCGUCCCAGGGGGGUUACCGCAGAAAAGAAUCAGUCAUGGCAUUCUCUCCGUGCCGUCACAGCUAGCAGGGUCAUUCCCAUCUUCACUCAAAAGGUCACAAUAGGAACACACAAUCACAGAAAUUUGUAGGCAUGCUUGUAGGUUAAAUUCCAAGAAAUAUAUAAAAACACAAAAACAAUCUCUAGCUAUGCUGCUUACAAUGUGUCCAAAACACCCUGCAUCCUUUUUCUGAGUAGUGGGUGAUGAGAGUGACCAAUUCUGCAUAAAGGAGUCUGACACAGUGGACUGUGUGUAAUAAUGUAACACAUCGCAAUACCAAGGGCUUUAAGGGUGAAACCCACAAGCAGAAGCAUGUUUGGAUUGUCAUUCGAUUAUCACAUGUAGAAAACCCUUUGAGUGACCCUGAAACAUGCUAUAUCUUUCUGUGUAUCUUUAUUUGUCUGCAAAUACCAGAGCCUUCAAGCCUGAAAUGAAAGAAGUAGUCUCUCACCAUCCACAGUUAAUUACUUAUGCUCUGUCUUAUCCUCAAUCUUUCUCUCUCUCUAUUUCUCACGCUUGCAUGGCUGGUGAAGAAUAAUGUGAGCUGACACACAUUUUACACCCACCCAAACUCAACGGAGCUGAAAUGAACUGAACCAUACUGAAGGAAACAAACCAUGCCUGCCAUUGCCGCUGGCUAUUUGGACAUACUUAAUUAAGUUAAUGUACUUAAUGGACCAUUCUGAUGUUUAGUAGAUGUUGAUAAGGCGGUUCGUGCCAAAACCAGUGUAAAUGUAGCGCUUAAAGGACAGCUGAGGCAAUGAGGUGGGGCCCGCAGUCGCUGCUUCCUUUGUCAUUUUUUGAAAGACAGACCUUAUCGUCCGUCUGAAAUUACAUCCUAUUCUGAAAAAAAAGGAAUUUGGGUUUAUGGCUUUUUGUCCGCCUGGCACAAAUCAGUGCCAUAUGUGAACAGGGCCUUUGUCUGGAUUUGUGUCUGGCUCUUGCCACUGUAUAGUGUACAGAAAAGUGGAAGAAGCGCAGGAAUGGGGAACCCUCAGCCUUCUUUUGGUCUGUUUCUUUUUUUUCCGGAAACACAAGUUAAUUUGCGAAGGGCUAGAACGUGCACUCCUGAGGAUGCACUGUUCAAUGUUAACUAUGUAUUUGUGGUAUUCUUUUGCUUGUUUGUACAUGGGGAGGGCUGCAUAUCACACCUUCUGUGUCCUCUCACUAACCAAAACCAGUGUUACACACUUACUGGGUGGCCAUCUCUUUGUUUGAAAGAUAUACUCCCAGAAAAAUGGUACAAAGAUGUAUUGGAGUUUGGGUUCAGCUUAAGUAAAAACGGGUGCAACUUUGGAGAUUUUUAAGUUGUGAUCAACAGCAAAUGAGUCAUUCAUUUGGUCAAAGAAAUAAAAUGAUACGUGGGGUUUCAACAAUGCAGACUUUACUUGAUAAUCAAAGACAAAUUUUAGCCAAGCUGGUCGUAACUUACAAGCUUGUUUCUGACAGUGUACAGGCAUUGAUAUGUACUUUUCUGUGCAGUGACUUUUAUCUAUGUGCCUUGGAACUUCAUAUAAAAUCAUGCGAUGAAAUAAAUGUACAGCAAAAAUAACAUUGUGACCCGUUUCUCCCAAAAGCCAAAUAACCAAAGGCCUUUGUACUGUACAGACAUGUUGGUAACUAAAACAUAACAAAGAGUAUAUCAUUUUUAGUACUAUAUUUCCCCAGCUUACAUUGCUUAUGUUUGUGUGAUAUAAUGUCAGAAGCAGAUGUUUAUUUGUGACUGUUGCAUAAAAUAUAAUGUGAUCAUCGAUUGUAAUGUAGAGGCCGAUGUCCUCGUCUCUGCAAUUAAAAUGCAGGCAAGUUUCUGCUCCCAUGGUCAAA